AUGCAUAGCCUCGUUAUCGACGAAAAGAGGCCAACGCCGAUUACCCAAGUCGCUAUCAUCGGUGCCGGCUUUGCAGGCCUUUCUGCAGCAGCUGUACUUGAAAAGCAUUCGGUCAACUAUGUCGUUUACGAGGGAGCUGACCGUGUGGGAGGACGUGUGUACCCAUUUCCUUAUGGUUCGUUUAGGUUAACCUAAUA